AUGAGCGAAUCCAAUGAUCCAAAGCCGCGGCAUGGAGACCCUGGAUGUACAUGUACGACUUGUCACGUCGCUAAACGACGGUCGCACAAGAAGUCCCGGAAUGGUUGCAAGAGUUGCAAGCGACGACGGAUCAAGUGUGAUGAAGUGAAACCUAGCUGUGGCCAGUGUGUAAAGGCACUCAUUCCUUGUGACUAUCUUACAUCAGCGACAACUUCGGAUCCUCCUACAAAGUCAGGCGGAUCACCGGAGGCAAAUGUAGUACUCACUUCAAGGAAAAGAGGCCGUCCAAGGAAAGACCUGGAUUCAAUAUUCCAGCGACCCAGCCCUCCAUACAUAAACACUGUCGCUCCAGAAGUGCCGGAUGCCAUGAGCACAUAUUCUACACCCAGCAGCAUGUCAAUAGUCCCGGACUCUUCCCAAGCACUGCCAAACCCGACAUGGGUCUGGACGGUGGAAGACAUGGAGUUACAACACCAUUAUAUGAUCUCAGAAGACCUCUGUCCACAUGGAUCGUGUCUCUGGCGGGAACGAGUGCCACGACUGGCUUUCAGUAAUCACUGUGUGCUACACCUCUUGCUGGCAGUUUCUGCACUACAUCUAGCAAGAGAGAGGCCCGAUGAAGCCAAUCGUUAUAAAAUUAUCGCGGACAGUCACUACACCAUUGGGCUUCGUCAAGUCAUGGAUAUUUUACCCAACCUCAAUAGGGAUAACUGCGGGGCGCUUUAUAUCGCCUCGACGCUUGUGUGUUCUUAUAGCUUCGCGCAGCGACACAGUCCUGGCCAUCUCCUCAUCAUAUCUGAUGGAGAAGAGGUAGCCUGGUUUGAGUUACUAAAGGGAGUGCGGCUUGUCGUGGACACCAUGGGGUUUGACGCAAUUUUUUCCGGAGUCCUGGGGCCGUUUACAAACGAGCCCGAGAGAGAACCACUUUGUCGAAAGGCAGACAGAGUCGUGUGGUGGCAGCCGGCCCUGAACAGGAUAUCUGACUUGAUUCCUUCAACCGGCGCCGAUGCGAGGAUUUUCGAGAAAAUGCUGGAUGGUGUAUCUUCGGCUUUUGAAGAAACAUUCGGAACGGCGGAGCAGCCAAAACGUGCAAUCGACGGCAGAAUGGAGGUAAUCGUCGGCUGCAUAUAUCGUACAGAGGAUGAAUUUGUGCAGUGUCUCAAAGACAAGAAGCCUGUCGCGCUUCUCAUACUGGCCCACCUGGUCGUACUGUUUAAGACGCUCGAAUGGAUAUGGUACAUGAAGGGUUGGGCCACUCAUAUUCUUCACGGCGUUGCGUUAAUGCUAGGGUCUGAUUAUAGGGAGUAUUUGCGCUGGCCUAGGGAAGAGAUUGAGAGGCUGGGGGAGGAAAGAAACCAAAAAUAG